GCUGUCUGGCUGUGUUGCUGUCAGGCUGUGUUGCUGUCUGGCUGUGUUGCUGUCUGGCUGUGUUGCUGUCUGGCUCUGUGAGGAAUACUCUCCUGAUGUAUCACACGUAUCCUUCAUUGCAUAGUUUGGAGGUUGUUGCUAAGGAAGUUGUUGCUAAGGAAGUUGUUGCUAAGGAAGUUGUUGCUAAGGAAGUUGUUGCUAAGGAAGUUGUUGCUAAGGAGUUCUUUUAAGCUUUUCAAUUGAAUUGUUUUCUUUUUGCAGGGACUUUCAGUUUGUCAGCCAGAGUUGGUUUAUGUCAGCUCUCCUCUCUCUCCUUUUAGUUCUCCCUCCCUCCCUUCUUCUCUCCCUCCUUUCUCUCCACUCCUGCGGCAGUAAUGACUAGCUUUCCCUCUGAGGAGAGAUGUCACUCUCGACAAUGAGAGCAAAUUGUAUCUGUUCUUUUGAGCUACACCAUUACCCCUGAAACUCAUGUUGCUCUCUCCAUCUCUUUCCUUCACACUCUCUUUCUCUCCUUUCUCUUUAAGUUUCUCUCCAUCUUUCUUUUUCUCCUUCUCUCCCCCCCCCCCCCCACUGUUCAGAGACAUUCCGUUGUACGUUCUGUCAGACAGAGGUAGAGAAGGAUGAGUCUGGUGACCCGUUUCAACGAACAGAUCGAGCCCAUCUAUGUGCUGCUGAGUGAGACCGAGGAAGUCCAGCUAUCAAACAACCUGCUGGAGCCCGAGCCUGCCGAGAUCAGAUCCCCGGCCUCUAAUAGAGUUCACAAGACCCACUGUAAACUACUGUCCCAUGGAACUUUCCGGUGCUACUGUCCCAUGGAACUUUCCAGUGCUACUGUCCCAUGGAACUUUCCGGUGCUACUGUCCCAUGGAACUUUCCGGUGCUACUGUCCCAUGGACCUUUCCGGUGCUACUGUCCCAUGGAACUUUCCGGUGCUACUGUCCCAUGGAACUUUCCGGUGCUACUGUCCCAUGGAACUUUCCGGUGCUACUGUCCCAUGGAACUUUCCGGUGCUACUGUCCCAUGGAACUUUCCGGUGCUACUGUCCCAUGGAACUUUCCGGUGCUACUGUCCCAUGAUACUGUCCCGUUCUACGUAGUUAACUGUCUCUCCAUCCUUUCUGUCUUCCCCUGAAGUGUUCAAGUACACAAGUAAUCAUUGUAAACUACUGUCCCGUUGUCACGCCCCGACCGUAGAGACCCUUUUUAUUCUCUAUGGCUGGUUGGUCAGGGUGUGACUCGUGUGGGAAACUCUAUGUUCAUUGUUUCUAUGUUUUGGCCUGGUAUGGUUCUCAAUCGGGGACAGCUGUCCGUCGUUGUCUCUGAUUGGGAAUCAUACUUAGGCAGCCUUGUUUCCUUUUGUAAUUGUGGGUCUUUGCUAGUGGCAUUAUGGGCUAAGUUAUCUUCACGGUCGUUUCCUUGUUCUUUGUUUUUUGUUGGCGACAUUUAUAAAUAAAAAUAAAUGUACGCUCACCAUGUUACACCUUGGUCCGGUCAAUUCCACGACGACAGCGAUCGAGACACCCGUGCUUCAAUGUUAACUAUACUGCCCCAUGCUACUGUCCCAUUCUACUCUCCCAUUCUACUGUCCCAUGCUACUGUCCCAUUCUACUCUCCCAUUCUACUGUCCCAUUCUACUCUCCCAUUCUACUGCCUCAUUCUACUGUCCCAUUCUACUGUCCCAUUCUACUGUCCCUACUACUGCCUCAUUCUACUGUCCCAUUCUACUGUCCCAUUCUACUGUCCCAUUCUACUGUCCCAUUCUACUGUCCCAUGCUACUGUCCCAUUCUACUGUCCCAUUCUACUGUCCCAUUCUACUGUCCCAUUCUACUGUCCCAUUCUACUGUCCCAUUCUACUGCCUCAUUCUACUGUCCCAUGCUACUGUCCCAUUCUACUGUCCCAUUCUACUGUCCCUACUACUGCCUCAUUCUACUGUCCCAUGCUACUGUCCCAUGCUACUGUCCCAUGCUACUGUCCCAUGCUACUGUCCCAUGCUACUGUCCCAUGCUACUGUCCCAUGCUACUGUCUCAUUCUACUGUCCCUACUACUGCCCCUACUAAUGCCCCAUUCUACUGUCCCAUUCUACUGUCCCUACUACUGCCUCAUUCUACUGUCCCUUGCUACUGUCCCAUGCUACUGUCCCAUGCUACUGUCUCAUUCUACUGUCCCUACUACUGCCCCUACUAAUGCCCCAUGCUACUGUCCCAUGCUACUGUCCCAUUCUACUCUCCCAUUCUACUGUCCCAUUCUACUGUCCCUACUACUGCCUCAUUCUACUGUCCCAUGCUACUGUCCCAUGCUACUGUCCCAUGCUACUGUCCCAUUCUACUCUCCCAUUCUACUGUCCCAUUCUACUGUCCCUACUACUGCCUCAUUCUACUGUCCCUUGCUACUGUCCCAUGCUACUGUCCCAUGCUACUGUCUCAUUCUACUGUCCCUACUACUGCCCCUACUAAUGCCCCAUUCUACUGUCCCACACUACUGUCCCUACUACUGCCCACCUCUACUGUCCCACACUACUGUCCCAUUCUACUGUCCCAUUCUACUGUCCCUACUACUGCCCCAUUCUACUGUCCCACACUACUGUCCCAUUCUACUUUCCCAUUCUACUGUCCCAUGUUACUGUCCCAUUCUACUGUCCCAUUCUACUGUCCCAUGCCUCUGUCCAAUGCUACAAUGUUAACUUUACUGUCCCAUGCUACAAUGUUAACUAUACUUCCCCAUGCUACUGUCCCAUUCUACUGUCCCUACUACUACCCCAUUCUACUGUCUCACUCUACUGUCCCAUACUACUUCCCAUGCUGCUGUCCCGUGCCACAAUGUUAAUUCUACUGUCCCGUGCUACUGUCCCAUGUUACUGUCCCAUUCUACUGUCCCAUGCCUUUGUCCAAUGUUAUAUCAACUAUACCCUCCAGUCCUCCCUACUAUACCAUCCUGUCCUCCCUACUAUACCCUCCUUUUAUAUCUACUAUACCCUCCUGUCCUCCCUACUAUACCCUCCUGUCCUCUCCUCUAUACCAUCCUGUACUCCCUAAUAUACCCUCCUGUUAUAUCUACUAUACCAUCCUGUCCUCCCCACUAUACCCUCCUGUCCUCUCUACUAUACCCUCAUGUCCUCUCUACUAUACCCUCCUGUCCUCUCCUCUAUACCCUCCUGUCAUCCCUACUAUACCCUCCUGUCCUCCAUACUAUACCCCCCUGUCCUCUCUGCUAUACCCUCCUGUUAAUGCUACUAUACCCUGCUGUCCUCUUUACUAUACCCUCCUGUUAUAUCUAAUAUACCCUCCUGUCCUCUCUACUAUACCCUCCUGUCCUCUCUACUAUACCCUCCUGUUAUAUCUACUAUACCCUCCUGUUAUAUCUACUAUACCCACCUGUCCUCUCUACUAUACCUCCUGUCCUCCCUACUAUACCAUCAUGUCCUCCUUACUAUACCCUCCUGUUAUAUCUACUAUACCCUCCUGUCCUCUCCUCUAUACCCUCCAGUCCUCCCUACUAUACCCUCCUGUCCUUUCUACUAGACCAUCCUGUCCUCCCUACUAUACCCUCCUGUUAUAUCUACUAUACCCUCCUGUCCUCCCCACUAUACCCUCCUGUCCUCUCUACUAUACCCUCAUGUCCUCUCUACUAUACCCUCCUGUCCUC